AUGAAGGGAAGAUUAGUGUUUCUGUUCUUGAUCACCGGCUGGGUGACUGACGUCACGUUUGCUGAUUCCUGCAAAUGUGAAAAUGAGAAGCCAGCUCCUCAUUUAUGUGAAAUAGAAAACAAGAAACCAUCCUGCGGAAGACUCGUAGGCGGUUCCAGGAGUCCAGCUUUCCAGCUGACUACACUUCAUGGCUCGAAGCCAGAAUGUUCCGUGCCAAGGUGGACUCCUAAUUUACCCUUACCAUUUUGGGCCAAUCCUCCUCUACCGCGAUAUUACGUAAACCUUCCACCAACUCCUCCAGUAUCUGCGUAUUUGCCAUCACGAGCUCCAUCACCUGCUUUCUGUUAUGCUUCUACUUCGGCACACCCACCAUAUAUUGAGCGACCCCCAGUUGCGGUUUCUAGGCCGCCAAUCUAUUUUUGCGGGCCACCAUAUACAGCCCCUCCAGCCCUUACACCCCCAUGCAUCAUUAGCCCACAUCCACCCCCAACUCCACGUUCAGUAUACAUACAACAUGCACCCCCUCCCCAUGUUGCGGUAGUACCGUCAUCCCCACCACCACAGUACUUUGAAUACUGCAUACCUUCACCAGCCUCUCCACCCCCAAAUGUCAUUGUUCCGCCAGCACCUCUAGCACCACCGCCAGAAACCCCACUGCCACAUUACAUUAAAGUCUGCUUGGCUCCGCCAGCCCCUCCGGCUCCACCACCACCUCCACCACGAACAUCAUUACCACCGCUACCACCACAACCGCCAAAUUCGGUACACAUAAAACAUCUACCCCCUCCCCAGGUCGUGGUUGCACCACCAAUCCCACCACCACAGUUUAUUGAAUACUGCACAUCUCCACCAGCAUCUCUACCCCCAGCUGUCAUUGUCCCGCCCGCACCUCCAGCGUUACCACCAGCAUCCCCACCGCCACACUACAUUGAAGUCUGCAUGGCUCCGCCAGUCCCUCCACCGCCACCACCUUCUCCUCUUCCUCCUCACCCACCACCUGAGUACAUUCCAAUCUGCAUGUCUCCGCUCGACCAUCCACUCUCACCACCUCCACCAUCACAACCACAAAUGCGCAGUGCUCCAGACAAUGGAUCGGCCAAGAAUGCCGACCACUCUAUAGCUGGGGGAGUCAAUGAAGAUGGAUUCAAUGCAAUGGAUCAGCGGAAUUUCGGGACCUUUGGGUGA